CGUUAAACAAGAAAGCGUCAUUUGCGUGAACAAUGUAAAGGAAACUAGUCUAACCGAAUCGUAGCUGAUGCCUCAGAGGAAGAAAGUAUCUCAAAAAGUCAAGAAAAAACGUCCAAAAAAAGCCACAAAAUACAAAGAACCGAAGAAAACAAUUGCUGUGAAAAGUGAUACAUAUGUUUCUAACAGUAACACCUCUGCACAGAAGAAUAAAAAUUGUCAUUUAAAAAUGUCAAAAAACAACCAAAAACCAAUUGUUCGUAGCAAGAAAAAGGAAAUAGGAAAAAUUUCAUUGAAGUUAUUGAAGUUAGUAAAUAUAGAUGAGAAAACAAGGAUCUCUUUGGGUACUUGUAAUGACAUUAACUGUGAGGUGAAGGAAUAUUCCUUGGAAAACAAAAGUAAGAAAGAACCUCAAAUUUGUAAUACAAAGGUUGUGAAGGACCAAAAAGGAUCUGGAAGUGAGGGAGAAAAUGCCACUAGAAUGGCAAACUCUAGCCGUAAUGUCAAAGGCAGCCCUUCGUAUGAAGUACCACCUAAAAGAACCUCACCUAGAAAAAAUAAAAAUUCUGGAAAUGAUACUAAAUUUGGAUCAAAGAACUCAAUGUGUAAAGAAUCUCAAAUUGGUUUUACAAUCUGCCACGUAGUGAACGAAAAUAAUGUACAAGAUGACACUGUUAAGAUGAACUGUAGUCCUAAUGAUGAGGGCUGCUCUCAGUUGGGGAUCAAUUCUAAAAGGACCACACCCAGAAAACGGAAAAAUUCAACAACGGAAAAUAAUUCUGGAGGAAAAAAAGCUUUACUGGGCAGCCAAAGUAAGAAGGAAGAGCCAAAAAUUGGUGUUAAACUUUGUCAUGUAGUGAGAAACCAAUCACAGUCUGAAAAAAAUAAUGUUCAAGAUGACACUGUAAACAUAAAAUGUAGCCUUAAUGAAGAAAGCUGCUCUCAAUUACAGACAAAUACUAGGAGGACCUCACCCAGAAAACGGAAAAAUUCAAAAACGGACAAUAAUUCUAGAGGAAAAAAGCUUAUUCUGGACACCCAUGGUAACAAAGAAGAAGUGAAUGGUGAUGAAUUCUGUCACUUAGUAAAGAACCAAUUGCAGCCUGAAAAUAAUGUCCAAGAUGACACUGCGAAAGUCAAUUGUAGCCCUAAUGAUGACAGCUGCUCUCGAUUGGGGCCAAAUUCUAAAAGGACCUCACCCAGAAAAAGAAAAAAUUCUAAAAAGGAUAAUUCUGGAUUAAAAAAGUUUAACAUCCAAGGUAACGAAGCAGAACUGCAAAAUGAGAAUAGUAGCUGCCGAGUAAUGAAGAACCAAUUGCAGUGUAGAAGUGAGGAUCAAGAUGUAAAGAUUAACAAUAGUCAUAAUGGUAAAAGCUGCUCUCUAUUAGAAACUCAUUCUGAAAGGACAUCAUCUAAAGAAAGGAAAAAUUCAAAAAAGAGCAAAAGGUCUGGAGGAAAAAAACCUGUUAACAUCCCAGAAAUGGAGGAAAAGCUGCAAGCUGGUGAUGCAACCUAUCAGCUUUUGACACAAUCUGGAAAGGAGGAGCAAGAUGAUACUGUAAAGACAAGCUUUCUAAAUGGUUCUCAAACAACCACACCCAGAGAAAGUUCAAAUGAUGUAAAUUCCAAAGAAAAAAAGGUUAUUCUAGACAUCCAAGCAUUGUCACAGGAUCUUGAAGAUGACUCCGAAUCAGACGAUGAUCUUCCUGAUUGCUUUGAAAGCACUCCUACAAGUUCAGUCAAUCAGUCAGCAUAAGGCAAGAGUUAUUUUUCUGAUGUCAGAUCAUCAAAAAUGCCCUAGUUUUCCAAUAAAAAAUGCCAAAACGCUAAAACCAUAUUCUUGUCCUGAGCGAAGUAAUUAUAUUGAAGAGGCAUUGAAGUUUGAAGAAACAAAUAGCGAGUUUUUAGAGGUUAUUCAGAAAGCUGAUGAUUAUCAAGAAGAAAGAGUCCUAAGAAAGAAAGACCUGAACAGGACUCCGCUACAGGAUCAGAAAUUGCUAAGAAAUACAGACAUAUUCCAGACUCCUCCACAGGAUGAGAAAGCCUCAAGUACAGAGGAUACAUUGUACUUUGAUGGGGUCCCAUCACCAGCUGAGGGACCGCCCAUCGAUACCUUUUCGUCUGGAGAAGGACUGCUAGAUGAUGCUGUAGAGGUAAUCAGUGAAAAAAAAGUGACUGAGAAUGCAGAUAUUACAAAAAAGAAACUAGAGUAUGAGAAAAAAGGACAGCGAAUUGCUAAGUACAUAAAGAAAUCUAAAACUAAGGACCAUCUGAUCAAGAUUUUUACAGGAACUAUCAACACUGAGAGACAUAACUUAUUCCAUCAUGCGAAUAAAAUGGCACGUGCUAAACUUAAUAACUUAGGGGGAUAUGGCCCUAUUCUUGCAGAUGAUCUGCUUGAUGAGAUAUUUCUCCAUAUUAAAGGAGUGUUGGACGAGUACUGUAGGUCAACUGGCUACUCUGAUGCUGGACCUUCUUAUAUUCUCAAUGUUUCCAUUCCAGAGGCCAUCAUAUUUGCUAUACAAAAAACAAGACGUGUUGGGAAAACGAAAGCAGAGGACAUCUUUUUUAAAGAGCAUACAGAGGCAACAAAACUUGAAGGUGGUACAAUUCCCAGAACCAUCCUUGACAAAGAGACCAUGAAGAGGACUAUGAAUCGGGCAUACCGUAAAUUAAUGUCUAAUCUGUCUUGACAACCCCUAUUUUAUCAGUGCAGUUUGGUUUGUCUUGACAAAAAAGGUUUUAUGUUGCACUGAUGAAACAGAGGCAGCAAAACUUAAGGGUGGUACAAUUUCCAGAACCAUCCUUGACAAAGAGACCAAAAAGAGGACUAUCAAUUCGGCAUACCGUAAAAUAAUGUCUGAUCUGUCUUAACAACCCCUCUAUCAGAUAGAGCAUUUUGAUUUGUCUUAACAAGAUCUUGUACUGAUAAAACUGCUUGAGCAUUGUGUAAAUUAUUGUCAUAUCUUGACUAUCGCCAUUCUAACACUGAUUGCUCAAGCAUACUGUCAUACUGUAACUUUUGCCUGGUUUCCAUAAAAUCACUACACCCAAUCGCUGACAGUUGCGACUCUUGGUGGCAAUUUAUGAAUGCGCUGAGUAUUGGUGAUGAUGCCUUAGGCUAACUUUUGUAGGGUUACCCAUACACUUUGUGUAUAUUUGUAGUCUUAAAGUUACGGUUUAAUUAUGAAAGAAUGUAUUGUUUGAACAGCCAGGACCUAUGCAUUUGUUUUCUCAUUAAAUUCCUUCAUGCUUUUGUCAUACAAAAUACUGAAAAUUUGAUAUGCAGUGAUUUAUCAAAAGUUUGGCAUCAUUGCUUGAGAAAAUCAAGCAUGACAAUCGUUGAGAAGCUGAUGAUGUUUAAUGAACUCAGAGGAUGAUUCGUCUGCAACCAGUCAGAAAAGUUAAAUUUGAUUUAACUUUUCCUAACUUUUUAUCAGAUAAAUCAAGGGGCCUUGAUUUCAUCAGGGGCAGUCACAUAGCGAUUUUAUUGAAACCAGGCUUGACUGUAUGCUUGACUUAAUGACUGUGUGCUUGACUUGAUGACGCUGUUUUAUUUUUCUAUACAAUAUUUAUUAUUGUGCAAUUCAAAGUGUUUUAAUUUCUAAUGAUUUUUGAGAGGAUUUUUAUUUAAGCAAUGUGAAUUUCAUUUUGUUUAUUAGAUCUUAAUUUUAAAGUACUCUACUACACCUUGCUUUAUAUAUACCAUUGUGCCUUUUUUGAUCUUGAGUCUGUAUCAAAGUUUUGCCAUCUUCAUUGUAUGCAUAUUGAUAAACAUUCAUAUUUUACAGCCUCAUCCACUCCCUUAGAAGUGUUAAUAGUCCAUGAUAAAUACUCUCAAUUAUACAACCUUCUAACAGGUAACCCUAUAUAUUGCUAGCUGGGCAGAGAUUAAAAUGUGAAUUAAAUGUCCUCACUCAGCAAUACAUUACCACACAAGUGGCACAAUGACUUUUGGGUUAUUGCAAGCAGUUUCAAGAUAGUUGCCAGAUUACAGUUUUAGGAGUUGACCCAAGGGGUUGCCAGGUUAUUGCAAACAUUUUCAUUUAUUGAUUUGGAGGUACUGCCAGGUUAUUCAAAGUGUUUUUUCAAUGAAGUCAGUAUUAACUAGGUAUUAUUCUAUGAUAUGUGCUAUAAAAUAGAUUAUAUAAGGUACAGUACUUUCAAUACUGAUGAGACACAAUGUAAUCCAUGGAUUAUAUAUAAGUUACUUUUGAAACUGAUGAGAUACUGAAUGCCAGUGUCAUUAAUGAUCAGACAGUGAAGCGGUGAGGUGCCCCUUAUUCAGCUUUGAAUUCCUAAUUCUACCCCAGGUGCUGCUUCACUGGUUCAUGUAGUCAGAUAAGCCUUGUUCCCUCUCUGAAAUUCAAAAUGCACCCCAGGUGAUUACAGUACAUCACAACAUGUACUUAAAAGUUUCAAGUUGAGCAAGUAAAUCUGAUUUUGAGUGUUGCAUGGUUGUUAAAAAUAACACAUUAGUUAUAUAAUUGACUAGUAGCAUGUUGAAUCAUUAAAUGAUGUAGAAUAACUUGGCACUUUCAAACUUUUGCCAUUAAAUAUUAUUCAGCAGUACUGAAAUCUCUAUGCAGAGUUAAAAUAAUCACAUUUUGUAAAAUAAUUUUUAACUUAAUUGUCCAGACACAAUGUAUAACUGUACUAUAUAAAACAAUAUAUUGAUAUCACGAUCUGCAUAAAAACAAAUGUGAAAACCAUAAAAGAUUUUGACUUAAAAUGUUCAUUACAUGUGUUGUUUUAGCCAUUGUUAAACUUUCCAAUAAAUUUUUUUGUGUGCUGCUCUUUUAUUUUGGUUUACUAUUUUCUAUUAAAAUGGCUUCAAAUUUA